AUGAUACUCCGGGUUUUAUACAUAUCAUAAUAAAGUAGUAACUCUGAAUAUGGAACAAAGGCGUUCCAGCGUCAGCAUCAGAAAUGGUAUCUAAAACGAAUAUGUAGCUGGAAAGUGGGGAUGCAGCAUGAAGCAAGAUAUUAAAGCUUUGCUGAUGUAGACAUCGAGUAAGCUAAACGGGAACUUCUGGAAUUUUGUUCGUCAGAAUUACCGACAUUUUUCAUUUUCGAGAUUGAAACAAUUUCAUUUUUUUACUGACUUUUGAUACCCUUUACUCGUCUGGUGUUUACGUGAGUUAUGCAAGAAUUCAUGCUUCUCCAAAUUCUAAUUGGUUUUUCUGUCUUGGCGACAGCGAUCCCAAAGCCGGAAAACGAACACAAGACACGAGUCAUAAAUAAGGAACCGAGCGAAGAGGAGCAUUAUAUCGAUACUCAACAUAAUGCAGCUUAUGAUCAUGAAGCCUUUCUUGGCGAAGAAGCAAAAACUUUUGAUCAACUUACCCCCGAAGAAAGUACACGAAGAUUAGGAAUAAUAGUUGAUAAAAUAGACAAAGAUAAAGAUGGUUUUGUCACUGUAGAAGAACUUAAAUCCUGGAUAUUAUACACGCAACGGCGUUAUAUACGAAACAAUGUCGACAGACAAUGGAAAUCUCAUAAUGUGGAGGGAAAAGAAAAACUUCCAUGGACAGAGUACAUGGCAAUGAUUUAUGGAGACAUGGAUGAGCAUGAAACAGAAAAUCAUGAAAAAUCCAAAGACAAUUCCUUUUCUUAUGUAGCUAUGCUUAAAAAGGAUCGUAGGCGUUGGAUAGCAGCAGAUUUGGAUAAUGAUGAUGCUCUUACAAAAGAAGAGUUUACUGCCUUUCUUCAUGCGGAAGAAGCAGAUCAUACAAAGGAUAUCGUAGUACUAGAAACUAUGGAAGAUAUUGAUAAAGACGAAGAUGGCAAAAUAUCUCUUUCGGAGUAUAUUGGCGAUAUGUAUGAAAGUACAGAAGGAGAAGAGGAACCAGAAUGGGUGAAAAAUGAGAUAGAGCAGUUUUCUAUGUAUCGAGACAAGGAUGGUGAUGGUUUUCUGACCUUUGACGAGGUCAAAGCUUGGAUUAUUCCAGCUGACUUUGAUCAUGCAAAGGCUGAAUCUAGACACUUAAUAUUUGAAGCAGACAUGGAUGGAGACCAAAAACUUACAAAGGAAGAAAUAUUAGAAAAAUAUGAUAUUUUUGUUGGUUCCCAAGCUACUGAUUUUGGGGAAGCAUUAACUAGGCAUGAUGAAUUUUAAUAAGCUUUCCUGCAUAUUUUUCAAAUAAUACUUUUAUAAACAAAUGCAAGAAAUACGUUGGAGAUGUCAAGAACAAAAUGUAUAAAACAUUUAUGAAAAAUAUUUAUCUUUACUAGUAGGCUAAGAAUCUCUUUAUAAUGGCUAAUUUUUA